AGACAGCAGAGGAGAGGGACGGAGACGGUGACCAGCCUUUUACCUUCUCAGCUUCUCCUGACUGGAACGUACCAUCUACUCAGGUGACCACAGGAUGAGCAAGACUAAUACAAAGCUUUAAAAACACAGAGAACAUUGAUUUCUCUGUUACUGCUGACUGUCACAAUGUCCUAUGAUCACACGCUCAGCUAUGAGUGCACCAAAUUAUACAGCAUUUCAGUUACUAUCCCUCCUACCUCAACUUGACAGAGCUGUGACUCACCUCUUAGUGUAGCUAAUAAUGCACACCUGUUCUCACUAUCACUGACUAAGCAGACAAUGAGUCCACCUUCACAAAACUCUUAAAAAGAAUAACAGGACUGGAGCCCCUCAACAAAAUAUAACAUUGGGAACCAGCGCCUUUUCACAAUCCUCCAAAAAAAAUAAACACAUUGCUUUUCACAGAUAGUGCUUUAUUCCAGUGUACUACAUUUCAAUUCCCACAAUUCCCUACUUCCUGGUUUGCACACCACAAUAGGAAUUCUUGGCUAAAGCCGGCAUUACAUGAAGUACAUUUACAGAUAUCAUUACAUAGCAGGGUGUGUUUCCAGACCGUGAAAGGCAAUACUUCGCACUCCUUUUCUGGAAGGUCCUGGCUCCAAAUCUGCGUUGCUGCAAAUCAGGGCUUCAAACGGGCUCCAAUGAAACCAACAGGCCGGCUCCUGUUAACAGUUUCUUAAUAGUGUCCAUUUAGUGUGUCUUAAAUGACUGUCAUGAAACUCCACUCUUGACUUUGUCGGCCUUUCCACCUGCUGUGCCCUCAACUUUCAUCACUGCUGCUCCCUGGACUCCGUCACCGAAAAACUGCCUCAGAGCCCAGUCCUGUUUGAUCCAGGUGUGACGCCAAACAAACGCCAAGAUGUCGGAGAAAAAGAUGUCUUCGAGUCGCAAGCAUCAUCUGAAGAGUUUGAUGCUGUCCAUCGCUAAAGGUUUGCUGGAGGAGGAAGAGAGGGAGCAAGAGCGAGAGAGGACUCGGUACAUGGCUGAGAACUGCCCUCCUCUGUCCAUGCCCAGGAGCAUGCAGGAGCUGCAGGAACUGUGCAGGGAGAUUCACCACAAGAUCGACGGGAUCGAUGAGGAGAGAUACAACCUGGAGAUGAAAGUCGGCAAAGCUGACAAGGAGAUCGACGACCUGAAGAUCAAAGUCCAGGACCUGAUGGGCAAGUUCAAGAAGCCCGUCCUGAGGAAAGUACGCAUGUCUGCUGACGCCAUGCUGAAAGCUCUGCUGGGCUCUAAACACACAGUCAACAUGGACCUGAGGGCCAACCUGAAGCAGGUCAAGAAGGAGGUGAAAGAGGAGGAUAAGGAACUGCGUGACGUCGGCGACUGGCGUAAAAACAUUGAAGACAAAUCUGGCAUGGACGGGAGGAAGAAGAUGUUUGAGGCGGAGGCUUAAAUCAAGCGUCUUAUCUGCCAAAACCUGCAUCCGCUCUUAACGAACCUGCAGUUUUUAUGUUUCAUUGAAUGGUUACCAUUUAAUCUACCAUUUAGUCGUCAACAAAUCCUCCUUUAAAGAACUUAACGCCGCCUGAACAUCUUGUCUUUGCUCCUCCAGUGGUUUAACUUGCUACAGUGACAUACAUGUGGACUCCAGGACACUGUGACAUCACUGCUGGGUGUGGUUACAGGUGCAACAAAAUACACUUAUGACCACACCCAUCAGUGAUCUUGGAUGUGAACAGCACAGAUUAUUAACUUUGAGCCAGCUUGUAAGCUUCAGAAACCAAAUAAACAAGUGACAGCUGUUGAGGAAGCCUGUUUGUCAUAUUUACUAACCUCAAAUUUACAUAUUUUGCUGCACAAAUUGCAUCGCAAUGUACAGAGGCUAACCGCGUCCUCACACAUCCAGCACCAAGCUAACAUGUAGCAGACCAGUCUGUCCACUGAAUGCAAAAACACUAAACAGAUAUAAAUCCUCCAUCAAACUACUGGAACUGGGGAAGCGGUAUCGUCAUCGUGGAUAAAGCUUUGGUUCCCUCUGAUGGCACAAAGAUAAUAUCAAGAUCCUGCAGCUACCAUGGCUGACGAG